AUGAUACCAAUGAUGAAUUUGGAACAGAAUCCUAUUAAACCAUAUACUGGAUGUGAUUAUAUAGCCCACUUUGCUCAUUAUCACAAUAUCCUUCUUAGGCUAUUCACCGGACGCCUUCCUAAUUUAUCUGAACAUGCAAAAAAUGGAUUAUUUGACACAUUUUCUAGAUCAGAUGCAUUUGAAGUAUUAGAACACAAUGCACUUUUGGAUGCAUUAGCCAAUCCUGUGAAAGGUUUGAAUCUUAAUGAGUAUUGA